AUGGCUCCUCUUCGCGCAUUACGCUCUCACCGGACAUCAAACCUGAACUCUAGGUCAGGAGCUUCAAAUGUGUGCAGUGUGAUAGAGGAGGCCGCAGAUUUCCGGAAUACUCCAGCAUCACGGGGCUCUAGCGCAGGAGGAAGUGGAGAUGAGGGAGGUGAAUAUGAAAAAGAUGCGGGUGAGGAGCCUGCAGACGACUUAGGAGUCUUAGAUGAGGACUACGGAUUAUCGACCGAUGCUAUGAGUUCCAGCGCUUCCAUGUCGCGCUGCACAAGCAUCGACAGCAUGGAUCAUCUCGAUAACACUAAUCGGGAUUCAACCGUUCGUGAAAUUGGUGGAGCCAGUAUGCCACUCUGGACUAAUAAUCUGGUACACGCUUCUCAGUCGCCAGCGGUCACGGAUCGAGUGAUGUCCAGUAUGUUUGCAUAUGUCGAAUUGUUCCAAGUAUACUGA